AUGGUUCCUUCCGAGACUGAAGCAUCGAUGGACAACACAACAAAGGGUUGCAACAAGGAAGGGACUCGAGCUGAUGAAACACGAACUGAUGAUGAAGUGUUUAACGAUGUCCCAGACUACAGAAGAUUGAAGGUUGAUGACGUGAAGGCCAUGACGUUCAAGACAGUAAAGGACGCAGAGAAGUUCUAUUAUGCCUAUUCCUUGGCACUUGGCUUUGGAUUUAGGAAGGAUACCAAGGGAGAGGCUGAAGGUAUGAUCCGGAGGAGACAAUGGCUUUGCAACAAGCAAGGGACUCGAGCUAAAAAGUGGUUUGCAAUGGACAGAAGGGGUCGUACUCCUCGGAGAAUUACAAGGGUAAAUUGCAAGGCUAAAUUCAAGGUCAAUUACGAUGAGCUUGAAGGAGCUUAUGUGCUGAAAGCCUUUGUUCCAGAGCAUUCUCACGAGUUAGCAACUGAAAACCAGACUGCCUUCAUUCGUUCGCAUCAAAAUGUCGGCAAAUCAGACUUGGCCCAUGCAAAUACAAUGUCUAAAGUGUCAAUCAGACCUUGCCAUGCGUAUAAGUACAUGGUGGAGCAGGUGGGGGGAUAUAAGACAGUGAGAUAUACCAUGAAGGACCUGUACAACAAGCUCGACCAACAACGACUCACCACCUCCUUUGAGAGUGACUUCGAAGGCGCACUUGCUCACAUGAACGCUCUGGCAGUACAAGACCCAUACUUCUACUGCAGGUUCAAUGUAGAUGUAGAAGACAGGUUAGCAAACAUGUUUUGGCGAGAUGGGCAUGCAUUUGUUGAUUUUAUGUGUUACGGGGAUGUGCUGAUCUUUGAUAGCAUAUACAAAACCAAUGUUUACAAAAAGCCAUUGGUUUUGUUUGUUGAGUCAAACAAUCAUCAGGGAAGUAUUUUUUUUGGUGCUGCUCUUCUUGUCAAUGAAACAGUGGAGACAUACACUUGGAAGUAG